GACGGUCUUAAUAGGAACGCUAUUCCUGAAACCAGCCAUCUUGAUUGAGCUAUCGACAGUCUUGGGAUAACUAUUUUUUUCUAAAUUGGUUUCUAGUGUAAUCUGAGAAGAUCCCACCCCCCGCCUUUUGUUCUGGUUACUGCUUUAUAUUAACGAAACCGGUUUCACGAGCCUUACCUGGGAGGGGUCAGACAUCAGCUCGGAAAGAGAGGCUUGUUGCCCACAGGUUCAUAAUCAGAUAACUUUUCGUCUUUAAAGAGUACGGUCGACAGCUUUAUCACCAGAAACAUGAUGUCUUUUGUGGUCGUCCUCGUCCUGGUUUCGGUUGCCGCAACAACAGCGCAAAAUUGCGUGUGCAAUACAAUGAAGUGGGCAACCUGUGACGGCAGCCCGUGUGAGUGUAAAAUCACGCUAACUGACCAAGUUAAACAGACGCUGGAUUGCACAAAAUUGAUUCCAAAAUGCUUUCUGAUGAAAGCUGAAAUGUACAGAGCGAAGAAAGGAUUGUCCACUCGUUCAGCGGGGAAACCGACUGACCAUGCCUUUGUGGACAACGAUGGCAUCUACGAUCCUGACUGCGAGGCCAGUGGUGUCUUCAAAGCCAAGCAGUGCAACAACUCUGAUACCUGUUGGUGCGUCAACAGUGCUGGUGUAAGGAGAACCGAUAAAGGGGGCCAGGACCUGAAAUGUGAGAAACUAGUUGAAACUGUGUGGGUGCAAACCCAGCUGAAGCACACAGAAGGUGUGAAUCUUAAUGAUGAAGCAAAACUGAAAAGUGCCAUAGUGAGGGCCAUUGCAGAACGCUAUAGUGUUGAUGAUAAGCUUGUGACUGAAGUGAAGUAUGAUAAGGAUAGCCGCACUAUUUUGGUCGAUCUGAAAAAAGGUGCAAGUAAUGUGGAUAUUGCAACAGUGGGCUACUACAUGGAGAAAGAUAUCAAGAUUCUGCCAUUGUUUUACAAUGACAGUAAGAAAUUUUCUCCCAGUGUUGACUCGAAUAAUGUGACUUUUGAGAACAUCCUGGUGUAUUAUGUUGAUGCUGAGCCCCCUACGUUCACCAUGAAAAGAUUGACUGCCGGCGUUGUUGCCGUCAUCGUUGUAGUAGUCCUGGCCAUUGUUGCUGGUCUGGUUGUGCUGUUCAUUUCCAGGAAGAGGGAGAAGUCUGCAAUGUACCAGAAAGCAGAGCAGACCAGGGAGCUGGAUGAGAUGCAGAAGGAGCAGCUGACUUCUUCAUAAUGCAAAAACUAGAAUUGAGAGCUGGAGGUAUUUGUUUUGACGGCAGGAAACUAAAAAGCCGGAAACUAAAGCCGGUUUGAUUGGAAUAAAGGACUUUGUACUAAAACCUGUCCCCCAGCCUUGUGUGCAGAGGAGCUCACUGAAGGUCUUGCAUUAAUCACCCUUGUGAAAUUUGUGGCAUUUGCUUAAAUGCCAUGCCUCACUUUGUACUGUAUAGCAUUUGACCUGUAUUGUUAAACACCAAUUGUUACAAACCACAAAUUUUAUAUGCAUAAGACAUGCUUGCAUUGCACGGUUUAUGGAUGUCAGACCUCAAGUGAAGACAUUAGGUAGAUGGGUUUCAAAUGGGUAAAUGCGAUAAAGCUUUGUAAUAUAAAUGCUUUUUGUAAUUGCUAUAAACUAAUAGGUCAGGUUUAUAAGUGGAUUUAUUUUUUGGAAAAAUUGUGUUUUGCUUUUUAUACAAGAUGUGUUUUAACUGUACUAUUGGGUGGGGAAGAGGGUAUUCUAUGGAGUGAUUUAAGAAUUUUUUUUAAACAAUAAAUUUGUAUUACUGUU